AAGUACAAGAGCGCCUCACAGAGGAUGAAGGGCGUCCUGGAGCAGAUGGACCAGGGUGUGGUGGACCUCCAGGAGCUUCGCAGGAACCUGGAGCUGGCGUCGGCCAUGUUGGAUGCCAUCUACACGGACGAGACCAAGCGUCUGCUGGACACAGAGGAUGAGCUGAGCGAGCUGAAGGCAGAGUCGGUGCCCAGCGAGGUGCGUGAUUGGCUGGCCUGCACCUUCAGCAGUAAAAUGGGCGUGGCCAAACGGCGCCCAGAAGAGAAGCCCAGAUUCCGGAGCAUUGUCCACGCAGUGCAGGCCGGCAUCUUUGUGGAGAGAAUGUACAGAAGAACAUCCAACAUGGCCGGCCUCACCUACCCCCCCACUGCCAUCAGUGCACUCAAGGAAGUGGAUCAGUGGUCCUUUGAUGUGUUCUCGUUCCAAACCGCCACGGGAGACCACGCCCUCAAGUUCCUGGUGUACGACCUCUUGACCCGCUACGACCUGAUCAGCCGCUACAGGAUCCCGGUGCAGGCAUUGGUGCUGUUCGUUGAGGCUCUGGAGGCCGGUUACAGCAAACACCGUAACCCCUACCACAACCUGAUCCACGCCGCCGACGUCACGCAGACCGCUCACUUCCUCAUGCUCCACACGGGACUCAUGCACUGGUUGAGUGAGCUGGAGAUCCUAGCCAUGGUUUUUGCAGCUGCCAUCCACGACUUUGAGCACACAGGAACUACCAACAACUUUCACAUCCACACAAGGUCCGAGGUGGCCAUUCUGUACAAUGACCGCUCAGUGCUGGAGAAUCACCACGUGAGCGCCGCCUACAGGCUGAUGGCAGACGAGGAAAUGAACAUCCUGAUCAACCUCAACAAGGACGACUGGAGAGAGCUGAGGGCCCUGGUCAUCGAGAUGGUGAUGUCCACAGACAUGUCCUGCCACUUCCAGCAGAUCAAGACCAUGAGGAAUUCGGUGUCGCAGACGCCCAGUCUGGACAAGGUGAAGGUGCUGUCUCUGGUGCUCCAUGCUGCAGACAUCAGUCACCCAGCCCGGGCUUGGCCCCUGCACUACCGCUGGACCCACAACCUCAUGGAGGAAUUCUUCAGACAGGGUGACAAAGAGAUGCAGCUGGGUCUACCCUUCUCCCCGCUGUGUGACAGGAAGGCUACCAUGAUCGCCCAGUCCCAGAUUGGCUUCAUAGACUUCAUCGUGGAGCCCACCUUCAGCGUGCUGGUGGACACUAUGGAGAAGGUGAUUGGUCCACUGAUCGAAGAGGACCGCAAAGCCAGAGAGUCGGGCAACAGGAGGUCCAGUCUGACUGGGAGCGGCACGGUAACAGUGGAGUCGGUCCAGAGGCACAGCAGCAGUCGUCAUGGACACGAGGAUGCUCAGACGGACUUCUCCCUGACGGCCAUUGACCUGGCCGCGCUGCGGCAGCGCCUCAGCGGAGUCAUCGUCAGCAACAAGGAGCGCUGGAAGGAGCUGUCGCUGCAUGAGGUGGCCAAUAAGGAACAAGAGAAAAAAGAAGAGGCGGAGCCUAAAGUCAGCACAGAGACACAUGAUUCUCCCAGUCACACUGCCGACCAGUCACAGAGCUCUGAGGACAACCCCCCUGAGCCUGACACAGAUCAUUCCAACUGGAAUGGGGCGGGGCCAGACAUCCAGGAGGAGGACGAGGAGGGCGUGGAGAGUGAGGACGCCUGA